CAAAGUUCAUGCCCAAGAUCUCCAAUUCCAUCUCCGACUCUCUUUCCUCUUCGUCGGCGUCGUCGUUAACAAAGUCGCUCGGAGGUGACGUUGAAGACUGGAUCUACGGCGGCGGCGACGGUGCUCGGUCGUUCUGCACCGGGCGCCCACCUCUCUCUUCCCCCUUCGCCGGCGUUGCUCGCCGGAGUUCAGAUUCCCGGCUUCGAAGAUGCCCGGACCAGCCGAUCGCCAUCGCUCUAUCCCAACCAUUCGCGAACUCUCUGGCGUGGCCACCCUGUCUCAUUGCCUCUUCGCCGGACGGAAAGCGACAGAGUUGCUUCAUCUCCCUCUCUUCGUAUUUCACUCUUCUAUUUCAGGCUGCAGAGCCCUUUUUCUUACUAGCAGGUCCAAAUGUUAUUGAAUCGGAGGAGCACAUACUUAAGAUGGCAAAACAUAUUAAAACUGUAACGUCUAGGCUUGGUUUGCCCCUAAUGUUCAAGUCAAGUUUUGACAAAGCUAAUCGCACUUCGUCAAAAUCAUUUCUUGGUCCUGGUUUGGAACAAGGUCUGAAGUGUGAAGCUGUAGGCCGAGUUGCUGAUAUUAUUCAGAUUCCAGCUUUCCUUUGACGUCAGGCAGACCUUCUAGUAGCAGCAGCUGAAACUGGAAGUCACAAAUAUCAAGAAAGGCCAAUUUUGUGCUCCUUCAGACUUCCAUAAGUUCAUACUUUUAUUUAGUUUUCUGUAUCUCUGCAUGCUGAUGAUUUUUAUUUUUUCAUAAAGUAGAAACAUGUUUAUAUUAAAGUGAUGUUAACAUCUAAUGAGGCAAUUUCCUGGCAUGGAAGCUGCAAGCUCUUUCAAGUAUUUAAAACUUGUGUUCUGCAUUAUCUAGUCUUAAUUUCUGGGUACUAACUUGUGCCCUACUCAUUUUGUUGACUUUCCCAUCACAAUCAUUAUGCUUAUGUUGCUUUCCUUAGAGCUUAAGGUCUUAGUAUGAUUCAAGAGUUUCAUAGUGCACAAUUGUUUUUAAGUUAAUUGAUGUCCCUUUGAGGAAGUUGCAGAAUUUCAAGUGCUAAGGGAAGAUAAGAAAUUGUUCAUGUUUCAUUUGGUAUAUAAUGAUCUUUGACCAUUCAUCCCUAUGUUCAAGUUAUUAUAAUUCAAGCAUUUUUGCUGAAUCGUUUCAGGUUCAAUUAGAAAUGAAUGGUUAACAUGUUUCAAUAGAGAAUGUGAAUGCUCCAUAAUUAUAUAAUACCUUUCAAUUUCUGUAAUGAUAAAUUACCUAUAUGUAGACUCUAGCUAACAUGUAAUUAUCAGUAAUAUUGAUAUCUAAACUAUCUCCUACAACAACAACAACAACCAAGCCUUAUCCCACUAGGUGGGGUCGGCUAUAUGGAUCCUUUUACGCCAUUGAGCUCUAUCUCCAACUAUACUAUCAUCUAUAUUUAAAUAAAGUUUAUCUUAG